AUGGAAGACCGGCAAGCCACCGGCGGCGCCGGCACCGCGACCAAGGUCCGCGUGAACGGCAUGACGGCCGAAGCGACACUCUCCACCACAGGCGGCUGCCUCGAGCUCUGGUGGCACUGCGCUGGGGCCACGGCGGAGAGGAGCCUCUCGCUGGAGGCCGACGUGCUCGGAGCCGAGGCGAGCGGCAAGGAGGUCGUCGUCAGGGCCUUCGUGGCGGAGGAUGCCGCGAGACCGCCGUCGCGCGCCAAAGCGAGAGGGAAGAGGCGCAGGAGGGAGUACGUCUUCGAGAUGGCCGACGGCGAGGGCGCGGCCGCGGCCUGGGGCGAGACGCUACGGGGAUGCUUGGACUCGAUAGGGCGGCCCAAGAGAUUGUUCGUCCUCAUCAACCCCUACGGCGGCAAAAGACGGGCAAGCAAGAUCUAUGAGGCAGAGAUCAGGCCCCUGUUCGAAGCCGUCGACGUCGAAGUCACAAUGCAAGGCAAGGUUCUCCAUGAGACCCGGUACCGGGGGCAUGCCCGGGAGGUGGCAUCCUCUCUCGACCUUGUAAGAUACGACGGGAUCGUCUGCGUCAGCAGUGAUGGCGUCCUCAUGGAGGUUGGUAACACGCAGUAUUCUGUACCAUGUUUAGGCUUGCAUGGUUGGCAUGGCACGGCAUGCCAGGGGUUGAAUCCACAACGUUGA